GAGUUUGGCGCAUGCGCAAUGCUACACUACCGGUCUUCGUCAAGAUGGCGGGACUUUCAAAACCAGUGUACCUCGAUUGCAAAGACGGACUUUGUUUCCUUUCUACGUAAAGAAUCCAGUCCGGGAUGUUGGAUGUCAUGAAGGCACACCGUGAACCAAGAGGCUCGCUUUUCGGACAAGCGCCACAAACCAAAACCAACCGCCUGAGCAGAACGUUGAGACAGACUCAGCAGACACAAACAUCGACAGAGUUGGACUCUCCAAAGGCCGACUUUAAGACCCCCACCAGGAUCAGCAGAUCCAGAGUUUCUGGUACUUUCAGCAGCGAGUCUUCAUACGACUCUGAUGUCCAUCAUGACAUCAUCUGGGACGCCACGUCACCUUCGCCUAAGAGACUUGGGAAACGAGCGAAGAAACACGGCGCAGGAGUCGUCAGCAUCUCUGACAUCGUCAACAGGAUCGCCCCCAAGCACGGCAGGCCAGAGGUCACCGAGCCGACCUUGCAGCAGUGGAUCGGCGACAGCGCCGCCAUCCCAUGCACGCCGGACAUUCAGCCUCCCAAACACAGGAGGAAAUCACCAAGGUCCAAUGGAGUAGAUGACCUGCUGAAGCUGGCCAAGCAGUUUGACCUCAACUUGUAUCAUCAUGACAACGACGAGGAGGAGGAAGUGAACCGGAACCACAAGACCACGCCGCUGCUGUCAGAACGCGAGUUCAACUUGGAGGACCACCUUCAGAACCCCGUGUCCUCUCCGUGUCUCAUCCAGGACGCAGGAGCGGAGUUAGGGCAUCAUGGAGACCUGGACUUCCUGUUUGAUGAACCCACUCAACACAUCAGCCAGGUUCUGAGUCCACUUGAGUCGAUUCAGACCGCUGAAAAAUGUCCUGCUGCUGUGGAUGACUGGGAGGACGAUGACCUACUCAAUGACUCGCUACUGGUUGAGUUGACUCAAAACCCAGAUUGCUUUAGCGUUCCGAAGCACUGCUCCACUCAGAAGAACUUCUGCCGGGCGGGUGCACUGCAGCCUCCUCCAGUCAUAUGCCAAUCAGAGCAGAGAAGAACUUUCAAACUGGGAAGCAAUUCCGAUUUUUCCGCAAACUUGUCAUCCUUCCAACAUUUUAGCUCCAAAACAGCGGGAAGUGACGUGUCAAACAAGUCACAUGGUCCAAGCUAUGCUGUAACGUGCAAGGCAUCUGAUUCCAUAGCACCAAAGAAACACUCACCGGUCCCUUCCCACUCUGAUUUCCCGGAGGACGAAUUGGACUCCAUCUUCUCAUCUGAGCCGGUUUGGGACGACCCGGCAGACGACGAGCUGCUGUGUGAGUUGUGUGAGGAUGUGGAGAACCAGAUCCAGACGUUCUCCCGGAACACGCCGUCCAGACAAAGUAGCCAUGGAGACCCACUGAAGCCUACCAGUAGGAUCUGGAACCACCAGAACCAGGAAGCUUCUAAUCACACACGUGGAAUCUGUGGCGCUGCAACUCCAGCAACAGGAAAUGGUCAAGUGAAAGAUUAUACUGGAAGCUCUCAGUCCGCCAGCAGCCAGGUCAUCACGACGACGGCACAGGAGAGACCUGCCCAUCACUUUACCUUUAAGAGGCCGAGCAACCCCGUCUCCAUGGUGACCAACAAAGUUGCUGCUAAAUGUUCGGCAGCGGAGAUCGAGCUGAAGAAGCAGCAAGCCUUGGAGCGUCGCCAGCGUCGCCUGCAGGAGGUCCAGGGCCUCAAAGAUCCCAGGAAGGGAGUUACGUGGCCUGCAUGAAGGCUUUUAAACCCGCUUUUAAAAUGUCUUCUGGUUAUACAAACAGUUGAAGUAAAAAAGCUGCCUUUAGAAAGACUCAGUGACAUAAUUCAUUUUUGUUUUUGUAAAUAAAGUUAAUCCAAGAAGCUUUCAUUUCCUAUUAUGGACCUAUUAACAUCCUAUUAUCACACUCCUGCUGGGUGGAAGCUGCACUACACUUCAUGUAAAACAUCUUUGUGGCUAAAUU